AUGGAGAAGUCAGUCGUCAUCGUUCUGGCAGGCACGAAACCGACGUCACCUGUUCGGGGAACAGCUCUUGCGCCUGCAGCCCUUCUAGCACUUGGUUCAACGGGACAUGUAUUCGUAAGCGAUUUCUCCUCUAUCAACGGCGAAUGCGUUGCUAGCAACGGAGAAAACAAGGAAACUUUUCCAGCCCUUCUCAAUGAAUGUGGUGAUAAAGCGCUAAACGACUGCGAUCCGAAUGCGACGUGCAUGGAUAACCCGCUAUCGUACGAAUGCCUGUGUCGUGAGAAUUUUCUCGAUGUCUCACCGGAUCCCGUGAAGAAACCUGGUCGAAAAUGCAUCGAGCGUCAGUUGUUUUUUGAAAUUCGUUUCGUAUACUCGACAGCGCCGUCGACGCCCAUAUUACGCAUGUUGGAGCUGAUGUCAGCCAGUGGGACCUGA